GUUCUAGCGCUUAUUCUUCAUCUCCAGCAGCAGACUCAAACACUUCCUGAAGCACAGCGGUCACAAUAAGUCUGCUCUGUCCCGGAGCUAUUAAUGGAGACACAUUUCUAACAGCGUCUGAAUGGGAAAUGGUCCGUGUGUUUGUGUCCUCUCCGCAGCGGGGUGAACUGACCUCUAAUGACCUCUGGUGACCUGUGCUGACCCUCACACCUGUCCGUCAAGAUCGUCAAUCUGCGCCUGAAAGUCAUGGACAACCACAACGACAGCAAGAAGGCGGAGCCCAGAGUCAAUGAGAAGAAAUGCUCAUGGGCGUCAUACAUGACCAACUCCCCUACUGUCAUCGUACUGAUCGGCCUUCCCGCCAGAGGAAAGACAUACAUAUCCAAGAAGCUGACGCGAUACCUCAACUGGAUCGGGGUUCCCACGAAAGUUUUUAACCUGGGCGUUUAUAGACGUGAGGCGGUACAGUCAUACAAGUCUUUCGACUUCUUCCGUCAUGACAAUGAAGAGGCCAUGAAAAUCAGGAAACAGUGUGCCAUCGUGGCUCUACAGGAUGUGAAAUCUUAUCUGAAUGAGGAGGGAGGGCAGAUCGCUGUUUUUGAUGCCACAAACACAACCAGAGAGAGAAGGAACCUCAUCUUGAGUUUUGCGAAGGAAAACGCAUAUAAGGUGUUUUUUGUGGAGUCACUUUGUAACGACCCAGAAGUCAUUGCUGCCAACAUACUGGAUGUGAAGGUGUCCAGUCCUGAUUAUCCCGAGAGAGGCCGAGAGAGUGUGAUGGAGGAUUUCCUGAAGAGAAUCGAGUGCUAUAAAGUCACAUAUCAGCCGCUAGACCCUGAUGACCAUGACAAGGACCUGUCCUUCAUCCAGGUGAUCAACGUCGGCCAGCGUUUCCUGGUGAACCACGUUCAGGAUUACAUCCAGAGCAAGAUCGUCUACUACCUCAUGAAUAUUCAUGUUCAGAAACACUCCAUCUACCUCUGCCGCCACGGCGAGAGCCAGCACAACGUCCAGGGCUGCAUCGGAGGAGACUCCGAGCUCUCCAGCAGAGGAAAAGAGGGCAUCUGUGAGGAAAUGACAUAUGAAAAGAUUAAAGAAACACACCCGGAUGAAUAUUUUCUCAGAGACCAGGACAAAUACCAUUACAGAUACCCAGGAGGAGAGUCCUAUCAGGACCUGGUGCAGCGGUUGGAGCCAGUAAUCAUGGAGCUGGAGAGACAAGGCAAUGUGCUGGUCAUCUGCCACCAGGCUGUCAUGCGUUGCCUCCUCGCCUACUUCCUGGACAAGAGCGCUGAUGAUUUGCCGUAUCUGAAGUGCCCCCUUCAUGUGGUCCUGAAACUCACCCCAGUGGCUUAUGGCUGUAAAGUCGACAUAUUUGACCUGAAAGUAGAAGCUGUAAACACACACCGGGACAGACCACUCGGAAGUUCCAGACAGGCAGUGCCGCCCACUCUGCUGAGAAGGAACAGCUUUACGCCACUAUCUAGUCAGGAUCAAGUCAAGCGGCCCCGCCUCUUUAGCGUCGGCAACCCGCCCCGGCUAGCAAGCGUUCCUGCCUUAUCAACCACGCGAUUCCCUGAGGCGGAGGAGAGCGAGGAGCUGAGCGAGAGCCAGUGGCCAGAGUCACACAAACAGCUCUGGUCCAGACUGGCCUGCCAUGUGGAAAGGGUGGGUUGUUUGAGCUUCACAGACACAACAUCGGACAGUUUUGCUCCCACAGCUCUGGAAAACAAUAAGUUCAUCACAACCUGAAGGUGGAAAAGAUCCAUCAGGGAUGAACGACAGAAACUGUGGCAUUAUGUAUUAAAAUGGUGCUCCACCCGAAGCGGAUGAAGUAAUGACUGUCUUUCUUAAGAUGGGGUGUGAGUGUUUUGACCCGUUUUACCGGCCUGACCUCAAACCGCCUGCUUGCCUUACUGGAUCUCUCGCAGAGGAUGUUGUUAUAAUAAUACAG